AUGGUGGUGCAACAGCGACUGUACUUGGAGGGAUCGGAAAGCGAACAUUCCAUCAUCAAUGUCGAAGAGAUCGGGCUCUGGCGCGUCUCAAGAACGCAGUCCCAAGAAGAAAAGGGACUCAUUGCUGCCGAUCAAUCUCGCCUUGAUCUGUAUUUCUCCAGCCCAACAAACGGUCAUCCCGGUCGUGAAGGGACAGACCAUAAGAAGGAGCCUCAACUUCGGCUCGCCAAACCCGGAGAGGGACCGCAUAAUACAGAGAUCAUAGAUGUCGAUUUGUUGGAUGAAGAUGCUUUACCGACAGUAGCAAGCGGGUCGUCUCCUGCGCCCGCUCGCCCACCGUCAUCACCUCGAAGGACGCUCAAUGUCAAUGUUCCGGAAAUCGCGGUGUCAGAUAUCGAAUACAGCACGCUAACAACAGAUUCCUCAACCUUUCGGUCGGAGACACCUCAGUUGCAAGCAGGACACGCCGUGCCGUACUCUUUUCUUGCCCACGCCUUGUCGGAGCUCUCGUCGACGCGAUCUAGAAUUUCGAUAUUGAACAUUCUAACGAAUGCAAUCAGAGUCAUCAUCGAGUAUCACUCCCCAUCGCUACUUCCUGCCAUAUACCUCCUUUCAAACACCCUUUCUCCGCCAUAUUCCCCGGUGGAAUUAGGACUUGGCCCGUCGGUCAUUUCGAAGGCCAUUCAGCAUGUAUCUGGUCUGUCUUCGGGAGCAUUGAAACGCCUAUACACGUCUACGGGUGACGUCGGUGAUGUUGCCUUCCAGGCCAAGUCCAAAGUCCGUACUCUAGUGCCUCAUCCCAGUUUGACCGCAUCCAUGGUAUAUUCAACACUCCUCCAAAUAUCAAAAUGUGCUGGCCAAGGUGCUGCAGCCAAGAAACAAGGUCUGGUUGAACGGUUGCUUGUUUCUGCUAAGGGCGAAGAAGUGCGAUAUCUCGUGCGGACGCUCUCUCAAAACCUCCGAGUUGGCGCCGUUAGGACAUCUAUUUUCAUUGCAUUAGCUCGGGCAAUGGUUCUUGUGAAGCCAUCCAGCACUCUUUACUCUUCGGAGCAUUGCAUUGACCCUACUCUGCUGAAGCGUGUAGACUUAGACAAGAAGAACAAAAAGGCAAACACGGUGAAAGACAUGGUGAAAGAGAAAUUCAAGGCUGCUGAAGGCCUUAUACGCCGGGUUUACGCACAACAUCCCAGUUACGAUGACAUUAUCAACGCCUUGCUGGAGAGUGGCUUGGAAGGACUUUCGGCGAAAGUCCCCCUUACAGUAGGAAUUCCUCUGCAUCCUACUUUAGGGUCUCCAGCUCGUUCCCUUUCUGAGGUUUACACGUUAUUGAACGGCCGAGAAUUUACGGCCGAGUACAAGUACGACGGUCAGCGAGCUCAGAUACACGCAUCCAAGCAGGUCGAUGAUACUGUGAACGUGCAUAUCUUUUCCAGACAUCUUGAAGAUAUGACGACAAAGUAUCCGGACAUUAUUGCCUUAGUGGAAGUAUUUUUCUCAACACGACCGGACCUCCGUUCCUUCAUCAUGGAUUCCGAAGUUGUUGCCAUCAAUCCUCAUAACGGCAGUUUGAAAACAUUCCAAGAAUUAAGCUAUCGAGCGCGGAAGGAUGUCCUAAUCAAGGAUGUAGGAGUUCAAGUCGGUGUUUUUGCUUUCGACCUCAUGUUCCUGGACGGCGAGAUUUUGUUAUCCCGGCCCCUGCGGGAGCGGAGAACACUCCUUCGCCUUAAUUUCGCUCCCUGUACCCCUCAAGAGCAAAGUGUUGCGCGGUUCGACCACGUUACCUCUUGCGAGAGCAAUUCAGGGAAAGAAAAUGUUGAAGAAUUUUGGGAAAAGGCCAUCGAAAGCCGUUGUGAGGGUCUCAUGAUCAAGGUCAGAUCAGUCACCGUUCAGUUCUUUUCCCUCAGCAAUAAUCCCGUCUGGGGUACCCAGGUACUGGAUAAUGAGGGCCAACCGGAUGUGAGUGUCCAAACCCGAAGGAAACCCUUGCCUGCGACAUAUGAGCCAGACAAGCGAACAACGGCAUGGUUAAAACUGAAAAAGGAUUAUGUCGACGGUUUGGGUGAUUCCCUUGAUCUCAUUCCAAUUGGUGCUUGGCAUGGAAAUGGCAGAAAGGCAGCUUGGUGGAGUCCCAUACUUCUCGGUGUUUGGGACGCAGAAAGUGGCCGUGCUGUUGCUGUUUGCAAGUGCAUGUCAGGUUUUUCGGAUCAGUUUUACAAAGAAUUAACAGAGCGAUACAAAAUACACGAACAAUCAUCGGUAUGUUCGAACCGUCCCACCUGGGCGUGUGACAUGGGUGGAUACAGGCCCCACGUAUACUUCAAACCUCAGGAAGUGUGGGAGAUUCGAGGAGCAGACAUCACCAUCAGCCCGACGUCAGUCGCAGCGUUGGGCUUAGCAAAUCCAUCGCGUGGCCUUAGCCUGCGCUUCCCUAGAUUUAUCAAGGUGAGCGAGGAUAAGGGCGUCAUGCAAGCAAGCACGCCACAAUUCCUUGCAGACCUCUGGAGAAAGCAAGAUGAUAGAGGUCUCGAGGGCGUAGAUGAUGGACUGAUAGAUGUGGAUCUGAGUGACGAUAUAGCCGAGUCAGAAGAAGAAUCUGACGACUGUAACUCUUAA